AUGAGGAGAAACGGAAACAGAAGCUCCACUCGAAAGAAGAAAGAAUUGGAAGAUGAAGAGUCUAACCGACUCGUGCAACAACUUCUCAGUGGCCAACGUCGUAACCGUGCCACGUCGAAUGUCUCGAUUUCAGUAUUAAAAUCCAAGUCAAACUGCGAUAAAAGAGGUCUCGAAAGCAUCGGCGAUGACACAGAACUGAUGAGACGAAAUCAUUCGAAGCUCAAUCGAAGCACAUUCGAAGCACAAGGUACCACCGUAAAGCCGCUUUCGGAUGAAUUCGUUGUAAGGUCUCCACCCUCUGAUACCGUCAAUGAAACUGGUCAUGACGAGACGAGGAGAUCUAAUUUUGGUGUGAAACACGGACAGAAACUUUCCAAUCUGAGUGUUGGAUGUGAUUCUGAUAACGUGUUCAACCGAAAUGUAAAACGCUCGAAUAUGUAUAGUGACAACACAGGACCAGCUAAUAACACAAAUAUAUGCGAAUCUUCCGAACCGAGGUUCUCAUAUAUUGAUAUGAAAACAGCUCAGGAAAAUGUUUUGUCCAACGGUUUCCCUGCAACUACCAUUUCUUCACAGAACGCUGCCGGCUGGAAUCCGAACAGCACAGAACUUGGAUAUGAAUCAUAUAAUACUGGAAUAUCUAAUACGAGAAUCUCGAACGUGGAAUUGAAACAUGACAUUCUUGACUAUAGAGACCCACAUUCUUCUUCUAUGAAUCACGCUUACAAUAGUAGUGUUGGAAGUUCCUCAAUGGGGGUGUCACCGACUGGAUAUGGAAAUCAAGUAUUUCAAACAGGUCAAUUUUAUCCAAACAGUAUGCAUCCAACUCCUCCACCCGUGCCCGUAGUAAUGGAUUUAUCUGAACGUCUACGUGAUUGCGUUUCGAAAGGAAUUCUGGAUUUAUUUCGCGCAGGAAUUCUUGUAUACGAAUGUUAUGUGCGUCGAAUGCCAGAAAUCUCUCAACAAUGCGAUCGAUUUGCUAAGAAACUCGGCUUCGAAGUCACUGGGUUUUCGAUGCCGUCCACUGAUUGCUUUUCGAACCCUAACUACUCGUCAAUAGUUAUGCACGGACAGAUGAUUUAUUCGUUACUAAUGGCGAAUAAGGCGGCGCAGCUAUCACCUAUUUCGAGAGAAGGAGAAUCACAGUUUCGAAGUCUUGUGGGGGCUAUAUACAGAACCCGUGGUCUUGGAUUUAGAUAUCCAGAAAUGAGACCAUUUUCAGGCGAAGAACUUUUCAUCAUUGACCGACCUGACGACAGAAACACUAAAACCGGAGAAACUCAUAUAAUUUUGAAACGUCUCAUCUUCCAACUACUAGGAAGAGCUUGUGAGUUCCCAACAGAUAUUCAAAAGUCAAACUGGACUCUUCCUUAUGAAGCAUCGUAUAUCACUCAGGAAAAUUUCCCAGAAGAUCUAUAUUUAAACAUGCGAACCUUCUUCUUGCAUUAUUUGGGAAUUAAUGAGUCGGAGCUCGACAACAACGUUUGGUGUGAUGACUUCUCCACACUGAAAUGCCUCGCAUCGUGGGAUUCCAUUGCUGCUAAAAAGAAAACGUAUCGAACUCUCUCGCUCGCCAGAGCCGCUUAUUUAUCAAAGGACGGAUUUCAUUCAUGUUUGAGGGAGGCUUUAAGAGAAAUCAAACGUGCCACUUAUUCACCACCUACUCAAGGUGAACGAUUCGGAACAUGGUCUUAUAGAGACCGAAAUUUGAAGCGCCAAGCACAAGUCCAGACGCAUUAA